GUUUUCGCCCUAAUCGUGGCCAUGGCCGUCUUGAUUUGUGUGCGUCAUGGUGAGACGACAUGGAACGCCAGCGGGAAGCUCCAGGGACAAUUGGAGACCGAUCUAAACGACGCUGGAAGGAAGCAAGCAUCCGCUGUAUGUUGAAAAGACUAGAAUGCAGCCAAGAGUCUGUGGAGCUUGCGGAACAUUUGGCUAAACAAAGCUCGCAGAAGAUCACAGCGGUUUACUCGUCGGAUCUUCGCCGUGCAUCAGACACGGCCCAGACAAUCGCCGAAAAGCUGGGAUUGUCACAGGUGAGCACGACACCACUGCUUCGAGAGCGGCAUUUGGGCAGGCUCCAAGGCUUGACGCCAAAGCAAGCUCGCGAGAGAGAAGCCCACGCGUUCAAGAUACUCGCCUCUUCGUCCGGCGACGAACCCAUCCCGGGUGGAGGGGAGAGCUUCGGUGAGAUGCGCGAUCGCGCGGCAAGAGCGGCUCAAGACAUUGCUCGGCAGCACGAAGGCGAGAGAGUGGUGGUGGUGACGCACGGUGGUGUUCUUCAGUCCAUGCAUGUCACCGCGACGGGCAAGCCAGCGCCGGGCCGUGUCCCCAACGCGUCGAUCAAUGUCUUGAGCAUCUCUAGCGACAACCAGUGGAAGUUCCAGUCGUGGUGCGACGUGGAGCAUCUCAAGGGCGUUGGCUUCUUGUCCUCGGCAUUUGGAGGUGGCGCCAAGUCGGGCUGACCCUCUCUUCUUUCUAAUUGAGACUCUCCAUUCUUUAGCAGCC